AUGUUUAAAAGAAUAAUAAUAUCCAAUAAUCAAAAAUAUCGCCAAAUGUCAGAUUUUAUAACUCAAUACAACGAAAGUCAUAUAAUAACAACACCGUUACAAAAAAUAUUAUUAUCAGUUGGUUCUGCUACUGUUUCCUUGUUUGAUCCUCAGAGAGCAGAUAUGAUUGCCACUUUAGGAGAAACUACAGGAGUGCAUGCAUUACAAUAUAUGAAAGAUAAAAUGAUGAAUAGUCAAGAAGGCAGCGAAAUAUUAAAGUUACAACCUCGCAUUAAUACAUCAACUGUUGAUCUUGAAAAAUUAAAAGAUAUGCCAAAAAAUACACUUGGUUAUGCUUACUACAAAUUUUUAGAAGAUAAUAAAGUAACACCAGAUUCCCGAGGAUCUGUACAAUUUAUUGAUGAUAUUGAAUUAGCCUAUGUGAUGCAGAGAUAUAGAGAAGUACAUGAUUUAAUUCAUACAGUAUUGGGCAUGCCUACUAAUAUGUUAGGAGAAGUAACAGUAAAAUGGAUUGAAGCAUUUCAAACUAAGUUACCAAUGACAUUGGGUGGAGGACUUUUUGGAGCUCUACGACUGAAACCAAAACAAAGACAACAGUAUGUAAAAUAUUAUUUACCGUGGGCUAUUCAAACAGGAUUAAACAGUCAUUUCAUGUUAAAUAUUUAUUUUGAAAAAAGAUGGGAACAACCAAUUGAAGAAUUACAUAAAGAACUAAAUAUCAAACCUAUAGAAAUAGUUGAUUUAAAAUAAUAAUUGUUACAAUGUGUAUUGUGUAGUAGUGUUAACUUCUUGUAGUGUGUUUUAAUAUCUUAAUAUAAAUAUAUUUGUUUUAUGAUUUAGUUUAA